AUGGCUCGGACACGCAAACAAGACCCCGAACCCGCCGAAUCCCCCGCCCGAAAACGUGCACGCCGCGACGAAGCAGACGAGGAGCCUGUGAACGGCACGCCCUCUAAGCGGAGGAGAUCAAAGACGACACAAGAAGAAGCAGGCAACGCGGACCGCGAUCCGUAUGAGGUUCCCUCCGAUGAAGACAACGGGGAAGAAGCCGCCGACUCGGAACCCGAAACACACACACCCACGAAGCGCAAAGGCCCUCAGCCGAAAUCCGCAACGCCGGCCAACGGCGCCGUCACCCCGUCAAAACUGCGCCAGGUGAACACGCUGGUGACGCCAGUUAAGGCCACGGGUACGAAUGGCUUCACGCCGAGGAGGAGGCAGGCCGCGGAUCGCUCUGCGCGGCGGAAGAGCGCCAGGGCCCUGAUCGAGCGUGUCGUCGCAGACGAGGACAGCGAGGAGGACGAAGAGGGUCUGGCGCGCGAGAUCUACGAAUCUAGCGAAGAGGAGGAGGCGGAAGAUGAGCCGGUAGAAAAGAAGCAGAAGCAGAAGCAACCAGAGGCACCACCACCGCCGGUUGAGGCACCACCGCCCACAGAGCCCGACACCCCGUCAGCGACGCCCAGGAAAAGAGGCCGUCCGCGCAAGCAACCACCGCCUCCCAAGUCGCCGACUCCUCCCCGGGAGCUGGCGCCACACGAGCUGUACUUUGAGCACAACAAGCCCGGCCGCGCAAAGACAUCCCACAACACCCUCUCCUCUCUCGAUCUCCUAUCGCAUGACGAGUACUUUGAGCUCCUCCGCGCCCGGGAGGAGCCGCACGCGGAGGACCUUGCGUUCUUGCAAUCCUUGCACGAAGCCUCCUUUGAGCAGUGGUGCUUCGAGUUGGCACAGGGCUUCGGCCUAUGUCUCUUCGGCCAGGGCUCCAAGCGCGAUCUGACAGCCAAGCUGGCAUCGCAUCUGUACGAGGCAGACCCCAAGGCCCCAAUCGUCGUGGUCAACGGAUACGUCCGCACAAUCACCCCGCGCGACGUCUUCACCACCGUCGCCGCCGCCAUAAGCCCGAGCUUGAAGCUCCCAGCCCAGCCGGCAGGCAUGCUCCAGACUCUCUCCUCGGCUCUGACAUCCCACCCGAAGCCGGUGACCCUGAUCAUCAACUGCGUCGACGCCGCCCCGCUCCGCAAACCCGCGACGCAGCAGCUCCUUUCGCAGCUGGCCGCACACCCGCGCGUCCGCUUCGUCGCGACCGCCGACACGCCGUCCUUCCCGCUCCUGUGGGACGCCGCGCAGCGCACCUCGUUCAACUUCCUCUUCCACGACUGCACCACUCUGAAGCCCCUCGAUGUGGAGCUCGACACCGUCGACGACGUCCACGAGCUCCUCGGCCGCAAGGCGCGCCGCGUAAACGGCAAGGAGGGCGCCAUGUUCGUCCUUCGCUCGCUCUCGACCAGGGCGCGGGAGCUCUUCCAGCUCAUCGUCACCGAGGUCCUGCUCGCGCUCGACGACGACGACGGCAACGCUGCGCACCAGCUCGGGGCGGAGAACCCCGGGUUGGAGUACAACACAGUCUACAGGAAGGCCGAGGAGAAUUUCAUCAGCACUUCGGAGGUGGCUUUCCGAACGCUGCUGAAAGAAUUCCAUGACCAUCAGAUGAUUAUCAGCAAGAAGGACGCCUUCGGCACAGAGUUGUUGAGCUUGCCAUUCAAGAGGGAUGAGCUUGAGGCUAUUCUUGAGGAGAUGGUUGUAUAA